UUGAAAAGCACAUCACUUCACAGGAAGACAUUGACGAGUUACAAUUCUUGUGAGUUAAAUUUGAGGUAUGGAAGAAGGAGAAGAAGAAUAUGAUUUAUCCAUUCAACAAUCCGAAGUUCCUAGAAGACGAAAGUACGAAGAAGAGGAAGAGAAUUCUCGUGCAUAUGAAAGAAAAAUCAGAAUAAUAUUAGUUGGAAGAACUGGGAAUGGAAAACGCGCAGUUGGUAACUCAAUAAUAGGAUAUACCGGCUUUGGAUCAUGGCUAAGUCCGUCAUCAAUAACUCAAAAAGGGGGUCUAGCACAAAUGAUGUGGGAUGACACAACUGUGAUUGAAGUUGUUGAUACACCAGGUUUUUUUGACACAGAUCCAAAGAAGUUGGUUGAGAAAGUUGCACUUGAAAUAGUUGAAUCGUUUGGGAUGAUAGCGCCUGGUCCACACGUGAUUCUUUACGUCCUAAGUUGUAGAGAAAAAUAUACAAAGGAAGAAGAACAGACGCUGAGGGAUUUUCAUGACAUUUUCACUGGUGAUGCGCUUAAACAUGUGAUAGCAUGUUUUACUGGAAAAGACAGCUUAGUUACAAAAACCACAGCUGAGUUUAUAUGUGAAGUUCCAAAAUGGAUGAGAGAUUUUCUUUACCAAAUAGAUAAUAGAUGGUUUUUUUAUCGAUAAUACAUUACAGGAAAACGAAAACCAGUGGAUAGAGCUCUUAGAGAUGGUUGAGAAAUUGCUUACCAAAAACAAAACUGAAUACUAUUCAAAUGAAAUACUCCGCGAUGUUACAGAUCAACUGCAAUUGAAGUGCAUUGAGGCAGACACAAAUUCGUCUAUGGGAAAUAGGAAGUGGGCAAUGAUCAAACGUAAUAUCGCUUGCCAAGGAAGUAACUUGGAUUAUUUGAAAGCAACAUUUGUAGGAGGAGGAAUCGGGUCUACAGUUGGAGCAAUUGGUGGAUUAUUUUUUGGAAAUCCUGUAUUUGGAGCAAUUGUAGGCGGGGCUGGAAGUUGUGUCAUGAGCAAUGCAUCAAAGGGUGUUAUAAGAUUAAAGCGUAAAAACAAAUGUGUCCUAUCCUGAAAUUGUUGAACUCAAUUAUCCUAUUUGUAAUCAUGUAGUAUUAUGGAUACAACAUA